AUGGUUCCGGGGCUGUAUAAGAUAUUUGACGAGAUUCUGGUGAAUGCGGCGGAUAACAAGCAGCGCGACCCGAGCAUGGACGCGAUUAAAGUGACCAUCGAUACCGCCAAGAAUAAGAUUCAGGUGUGGAACAACGGCCGGGGAAUUCCCGUGGAGGUGCACGCGAAGGAGGGGUGCUACGUGCCGGAGCUGAUUUUCGGGCAUCUUCUCACGAGCAGCAACUACGACGACUCGGCGCGCAAGACUACGGGCGGGCGCAACGGGUACGGCGCCAAGCUGGCGAACAUCUUCAGCACGGAGUUUGUGGUGGAGACGGCUGACGGCAGCCGGCAGAAGAAGUACAAGCAGGUCUUCUCUAAGAACAUGAGCGUGAAAAAGGAACCAGUAAUCAAGGUCUGCAAGCCCACCGACAACUUCACCUCAAUCACCUUCCACCCGGACUUGGCCAAAUUCGGGCUCGAUUCUCUAGACGCAGACCACGUGGCACUCAUGAGCCGACGUGUCGUUGACGUGGCAGGGUGCCUGGGGAAAUCCGUGAAGGUCACGCUCAAUGGCACGCGUGUGCCUGUGAAAUCGUUUGCGGAUUAUGCGGGGUUGUAUCUUGCCCCUCCUCCGCCGCCCACCCCGCAACCCCCCGCCACUCCGCCAUCAUCAGGGGAAGGGGGGAGCGGAGGGGGCGGAGGGGAAGGCGGAGAGGGGGCAGGGGCGGAAGGAGGGGUGUCUGCAGCAGAAGCGGCAGCGGCAGCAGCUGCAGCUGCUGCUCAUCCUUCAACUCAUGAGAAGCUCCCAAGGUCCGUCAGCUUCGUGAACGCCAUUGCGACCACGCGAGGAGGCACGCACGUGAACAUGGUAUCAGAGCAGAUCGUGAGGUACCUGCUGGACAAGGCGCAAAAGAAGGCUGCCACUGGCAAGCACGGGUCCGCCAGUGGCGCUGCUGCCAUCAAGCCGCACCAGAUCGUGCGGCACCUGCUGGAGAAGGUGCAGAAGAAGGCCAGCACUGGCAAGCACGGGUCUGCCAGUGGUGCUGCUGCCAUCAAGCCACACCAGGUGCGCAGUCAGCUGUGGGUGUUUGUGAACUGCCUGGUGGUGAACCCAGCCUUUGACUCGCAGACCAAGGAGAGACUCAACACGCGCCCCUCUGUGCUCUAUCCCUUUUCUUGCUUGCCUAUGCCUCUGGUGCGCAGUCAGCUGUGGGUGUUUGUCAACUGCCUGGUGGUGAACCCGGCAUUUGACUCGCAGACCAAGGAGACGCUCAACACACGCCCCUCUGACUUUGGUGCCACCUCUCGGAAGACUUUCUCAAGAAAGAACUUUCUCAAGAAAGUCGCUGCCAAGUGCGGCAUAGUGGAGCAUCUGCUGUCGCUAGCAGCGCACAAGCAGACCAAGGAUCUCAAGCGCAGCGACGGCAGCAAGAGGCAGCGCGUGUCGGGCAUAACGAAGCUGGACGAUGCUAACGAGGCGGGGGGUAGGAACGCGGAGCACUGCACCCUCAUCCUCACUGAAGGGGAUUCCGCUAAGACUCUGGCGGUGAGAUUUGCCGUGGUUAUUCUUUGGGAGGUGAAGCUGGACGAUGCCAAGGAGGCAGGUGGCAGGAAUGCAGAGCACUGCACGCUCAUCCUCACAGAAGGGGACUCGGCGAAGACUCUCGCGGUGAGAGAAUCGCUCUGGUUUCUUAGAAGGGCAGGAUGUGGGGUGAGGGGGGGAAGAGGCAGCGCGUGUCGGGCAUGCAUAGUGAAGCUGGACGAUGCCAAGGAGGCAGGUGGCAGGAAUGCAGAGCACUGCACACUCAUCCUCACAGAAGGGGACUCGGCGAAGACUCUCGCGGUGAGAGAAUCGCUCUGUUUUCUUAGAAGGGCAGGAUGUGGGGUGAGGGGGGGAAGAGGCAGCGCGUGUCGGGCAUGCAUAGUGAAGCUGGACGAUGCCAAUGAGGCGGGUGGCAGGAAUGCAGAGCACUGCACUCACAUCCUCACUGAAGGGGACUCAGUUAAGACCCUGGCAGUGUCAGGGCUGAGUGUGGUGGGUCGCGACCGCUACGGUGUGUUCCCCCUGCGAGGCAAGCUGCUGAACGUGAGGGACGCGUCUCACCGACAGAUGAUGGAGAAUACUGAGAUAGGGCACCUGAAGCAGAUCCUGGGGCUGCAGCAUGGGAAGAGCUAUGAAAGCGUGAAGGCGCUGCGAUAUGGGCACCUUAUGAUCAUGACUGACCAGGACCACGAUGGAUCCCACAUCAAGGGGCUUUUGAUCAACCUCCUGCACUCCUGCUGGCCGUCCCUGCUCAAGCACCCCUCCUUCCUCCGCGAAUUCAUCACCCCGAUCGUCAAAGCCACCGGGCCUAGAGGCCGCACCCUCGCCUUCUACACCAUACCUGAGUACGAGGCUUGGAAACGGACUUUAGGCUCGGAGGCGAGGCAGUGGAAGGUGAAGUACUACAAGGGUCUGGGCACGAGCACGCCCAAGGAGGCCAAGGAGUAUUUUGCACAGCUGGACCGGCACAGGAAGGACUUUGAGUGGCGGGGGGAGGGCGACGGGGAGCGGAUCGAGAUGGCGUUUAGCAAGAAGGCGGUGGAUGCGAGAAAGCAGUGGCUGCGCUCCUAUGAGGUGAGCGGAGGGGUAGGAUGGCGAAAGAGUGCAGGAGGGAGGGAUUGGGUGGGGGAGGGCGAUGGGGAGCGGAUCGAGAUGGCGUUUAGUAAAAAGGCGGUGGACGCCCGGAAGCAGUGGCUGUGCUCCUAUGAGCCCGGCACGUACCUGGACCAGACGGCGCAGCGCAUCAGCUACAGCGACUUUGUGGACAAGGAGCUCAUCCUCUACUCCAUUGCUGACAACAUGCGCUCCAUCCCCUCCGUUGUGGACGGGCUCAAGCCGGGGCAGCGCAAGAUCCUCUUCUCGUGCUUCAAGCGCAAGCUGCACUCAGAUAUCAAGGUGGCACAGCUGGCAGGGUACGUGUCAGAACACGCAGCGUACCAUCACGGCGAGCAGAGUCUGAUGAGCACCAUUGUGAACCUCGCCCAGGACUUCGUGGGCAGCAACAACGUCCACCUGCUCGUUCCGUCCGGGCAGUUCGGAACUCGCCUGCAGGGCGGCAAGGAUGCGGCCAGUCCCAGGUACAUCUACACGCGUCUGCACAGGCUGACACGUGUCAUCUUCCCAGUGGCUGACGACGCCCUACUGGAUUACCUGGAUGACGACGGGCAGAGGAUCGAACCCAAGUGGUACGUGCCCAUCCUGCCCAUGGUGCUCAUCAACGGCAGUGAGGGCAUCGGCACGGGGUGGAGCUCGUAUGUGCCAACGUUCAACCCACGGGACGUGGUGGCAAACCUCAAGAGGCGCAUGCGAGGGGAGCCCAUGCUGCCCAUGCACCCCUGGUUCCGCGGAUUCAAGGGUUCCAUCCAGCUGACGUCAGCGCGGCAGGGAGGAGGCAACUCGUACACCGUGACAGGUGUCGCGACGCGAUUGGCCAGCAGCAGCGGCGGGCGCAAGGGCGAGAAGCAGCCGCAGCAGCAGGGAGUGACAGGUGUCGCGAUCACAGAGCUCCCCAUCCGCACGUGGACACAGAACUACAAGGAGUUUCUGGAAGGGAUGAUGGGAGGAGCGGGUGGUGGUCAUGGUGGUGGGGAGGGAGGGGGAAAGGUGGCGCUGAUUAAGGACAUGAGGGAGUAUCAUACUGAUACGUCGGUGCAUUUUGAGGUGGAAUUUACUGCUGAGGGAGCGGCGUAUUUCAUGGGAGAAGGAGGGACGGUGGGAGCGAGGAGAGGAAGUGCUGCAGCGGCUGCUGCUGCCUCUGCUGCUGCUGCUGCGGCGGCGGCGGCUGCGGCAGGGGCAGGUGCUGCAACUGCAACUGGUACUGCCACUGGUGCUGCUGCAACGGCAGCAGCAGCUGGUGGUGCUGCUGCUGGGGUGAGUUUUCCUGAGGGUGAAGACCCGGAAGCGGGUGCAAGGUCGCCUGGGAGUGGAGACGUAGGGGGGGAGGGGAUGGGCGGAGGAGGAGCGGGAUGUGAGGGGGAGAGAGCAGAGGGGCAAGAGGAGGAGGAGGGAGAGGAGGCGAGGAGGGAGAGGGAGGAGAGGAGGGCGCGCGCGCAGUGGGCGGUGAUGGAGAAGCGGCUGAAGCUGACAACGACGAUGAACACGGGGAAUAUGCACCUGUUUGAUGCAGAUGGGCGCAUGAAGAAAUACGACAGCCCGGAAGACAUUGUCGAGGACUUUUACGGCAUUCGCCUGGGGUACUACGAGCAGAGGAAGGAGCACCAGCUGGUGCAGCUGAGGCACGAUCUGCCCUUCCCUUACCUCCUUCCCAUCUAUCUGUUCCUCUCUUGGUUCAUUCUCUCUUUUUUACUACCUUUCACAGUCAUCGAGGACUUUUACGGCAUUCGCCUGGGGUACUACGAGCAGAGGAAGGAGCAUCAACUCGCACAGCUGAGGCACGAGCUGCUGCGGCUGGACAACCGCGCUCGCUUCGUGCGGGCGGUGAUUCAAGGGGAUGUGGUGAUCACUAACAGGAAACAGGCCGACAUUGUGGCACAGCUCAAGGUGAGGGCUGGGGCUGUGGGGCUUUGCAAGCCCGUGGUCUCUCACCCUCCUCGAAAGCAGUUGCCCCUCCUCCUCCCCCCACGAAAAGGCCACUCCUCUAUCUCAUCCUCCUUUCUGUCACCAUUUGCUCCCCCUCCCUCCCCUCGUUUCCUCCCCCUUCUCCUCUUGACCUUUCCCCAGGUACGUGGUUUCACCCCUCUUCCCAAGGGUCACGCGGCCGCCCCUGUGGUGGUUGCUGACGUGGACCCGGGCAGCACUGAUGUCAGCGCGGAUGGGGAUGACGUGGAGAUGGACGACGUGGAAACACCAGCAGGGCACAAGGCAGGGAAGGGGAAAAACACAGCAGCAGCAGGAAAAUCAGGAGCCGCAGGAAAAACAGCAGCAGCAGGAGCAGUACCAUCAGCAGGAGCAGUGGGAGCAGCGUAUGAGUAUCUGCUGGGAAUGCCUUUGUGGAGCCUGACGUGGGAGCGCGUGGAGCAGUUGGAGCGGGAGAGGAGGGGCAAGGAGGAGGAGGUGGUGGUGCUGCAGGCGACCUCGCCCCUGCAGCUGUGGGAGAGAGACCUGGAUUUGUUCCUGGAGACUCUUGAGCAGCACCAGCAGCAGUGCUGCGAGGAGGAGGAGGUGGUGCCGCUGCAGUCCACGUCGCCUCAGCAGCUGUGA